AUGACCCUAACACUAACGGAAGAGAUUAAUGCAGUCCAGCACCCAGUUUUCCCAAGACAGCUGUUUGCAUACAUGAAAGUGAAAGGCCAACGGCUGCGGUUCCAACUGGAUUUGGGUGCAUCAUGCAAUGUUAUUCGACGAAAAGAUUUGGUAACCACAGUGGUCCUUGAGAAAACAAACCAAAAACUGUGCCUCUACAACCGGAGUCAAAUAAGACCAUUGGGAAAGUGUUUGGUCAAUAUGAACAACCCAAAAACGGGUAGAAAAUACAAACCCAACUUUGGUGUUGUGGAAGAUGCCUCCACAUCACUUUUGGGAGCGAGGUCGAUCCAACAGCUGGAUCUGGUGAGGAUACAGAACGAGUACAUUAUUGCGGCAACCCUUCAAGCUCGUUGUCAGGACAACGUUGACAGUACAAACACUCACAUGUCUGGUCAAGACGUUAGUCAAAAGCCGGUUCAACUACCUGAUCUCUUACAGGCUUACAAAGACGUGUUUGAUGGCUCUUUGGGAUGUCUGGGGGACCACUUUAUCUCAACAUUGAAGACUCAGCAACAUCUGCAAGCGGAACUGAAGCGCCUUGCGAAUUUGGGAGUGCUAGAGGCUGUUGAUGGACAUACAGACUGGAUAUCCAGUCUAGUCGUGAUGCGUAAGCCCAACGGCACCCUGCGCUACUGCCUGGAUCCUAAGCCCCUCAACAGGGAACUCAAACGUAGCCAUUAUCCUAUGCCAACGAUAGAGGAUCUGAUACCCCAGCUCUCCAAGGAUAAGGUGUAUGCGGUAUGUGACUUACAGAAUGGGUUUUGGCACAUCGCAUUAGAUCAUGAGUCAAGUCUUCUCACAACGUUUGGAAUGCCGUUUGUGGGUGAAGGCGAUACCCACGAGGCAGCGUGCCAGGAUCGUGACAAGAAAUUGGCCAGCUUUUUGGAUAGAUUUCGAGUGCGCGGCAUCAGGCUCAAUUGA